CUUCGGAAUGCUUGGAAGCUGCUGAUUAAAUCUUUUUACGGAAGUGCGGAAGUGUCGUAACAAAUUUGCUUACACGUUGACCCGUGACAUUUAAAAUUGGGUUAGCAGUUGCCUCUACGCAAGUAUAUCAUUUUUACUAUCACAUCAAUCUCACAACUCAGCCAACUCCGUAAGUUGAUGUUCCUUAUCAGUGAAUAUCAUUCCUCCACACUUGGCUUUCCCAUGAAUAUUUUACGUGCUUUAAUUCUGCUUUCUCAUCAUCUCCGUCCUACCUAGUCUGUCUACAUCGCCUAUUUCCUGGCCGAGUAGCCAUAAGCUCUCUUAAGUGUUUUUUCAAGUGUUGCUCUCAAGUGUUCCGGUCAGUUUGCAUUGUCAUCCUGAAGUCGCAGUAGGCUUCACUGCAUAGGACAACACAUGUAGAAGGAUGGUUCUCUCAACCGUAGAGUUUGCUGUUAAUUUAUCAUGUGAUAGCUGUGUAAAAAAUGUGAAGAAUCAACUAGAAGGAGUAGAAGGAAUUGAGAAUGUCAAGAUUUCUUUGGAGAAUCAAUCUGUUGUCCUCAACACCGCUCUUCCUUCUUUCGAAGUUCAAAGGUUGAUCGAACAAACUGGAAAACAAGCUGUGCUAAAGGGAUAUGGUUCAGAGGAGAGAAAUUUAGGUUCAGCCGUCGCUCAAUUGGCUGGUGAAUCAGGGUUCAGCUCAGGAAUCUUGAAAGGUGUAGUUCGCUUUGUCCAGUCUGAUGCAAAGACCUGUGUUGUUGAGGGUACCAUCGAUGGAUUAACACCUGGCUCUCAUAACUUACAGGUCCAUGAAUGUGGUGAUAUUUCCAAAGGCUGUGAUAGUGUCGGUGAUAUUUUUAACCCGGGCAGUGAGCCUCUUACACAAGAAUCCAAUGAGUUAAAUAAAAGGCUUGCUGGAGAUUUAGGUAAGAUACAAGCUAAUGCUGAAGGUCGUGCUGAAUUCAGAUUUGAAGACAGUCUUCUCAAAGUGUGGGAUAUAAUUGGAAGGUCACUUGUAAUCGCAAAAAGUAUGAAUGACGGUUUAGAGGAUUUAUCACAAUCUGACAGUGAGCAAAGAAGGUUAGCCUGUGCUAUCAUUGCGCGAUCAGCUGGUCUCUUCGAGAACACAAAGAAAAUAUGUGCAUGUGAUGGCGUAUCAAUAUGGGAUGAACGAAACAGACCUCUAACAGGACCGGGCAGACAGAGUGAAACCUCCAAAACAGACAGAAAAAUCGAUGGCAUCAGCAGCUGUUCAGUCGGUUGAGGUUUUUACUUUUUUUUCUCAGAAUGUUUAUUUUGAUGGCCAAAGUGUGAAACUACGUAUCCUAUUGGGGUGUUUCAAAAUUUCCUUUCUUACUUUAUUCUUUCAAAGAGAAACAAGUCAAUUAUAUUGUUUGAAAAUCAUGCAGAUUAUUGUUUUGUCAGAGAAGAAAACAGCAACCAAGUUUUUCCAAGAAAUCACAUCGACUAUUUUCUGCAGAAAUAAGAAACUAUGAUGGAAUGUCUCUAAUGUUGCAAUUGGAGAUCCGUAGUUUUGCACCUUAGCAAUCGCUUUGUAUGAUCCUGAAUACCAUUAGAGCUUCAAGAAAAUCACUCUUUUGCCUUAAUUUUAGCAUUCCGUGAAUCAAAUUUCUAGGAUGAAGCAUGAAAGUGUUCAAAUUUUCAUGCGGACUUAGCACUCAUGGAGCAGCUGUAAAGUAGCAAUCCUGGCAGAAGAAUGUAUUCUUUUUAGCAUAGCAUUGAAUUUGACCAUAAAAUUAGUUCAAAUUUUUUGUCAUGUAGCCAGCCAAAUAUCGAAUUCUGAUGGAAAAUCUUGCCUUUCUCAGUGAUAUUAUUAUUUACAUCUAUUUCGGUUUUGUUACAUUUUUUUUUUUUUUUAUACUGCCUCUUCUGUCAAAUUGUUAAAAGUUGGAUUGCAAUUUAUUUUUUGUAAGUCUGACAGUGCUAUCUUAUGAAGCUGUUCAUGAACAUGUAAUGCUGUAGGGGAUAGGCAUCAAGGAAAGAGUUAUGCCUUUUUUGGCUUUGCUUAAAAGUGUUGUGAGGGAGGGAAGGUAGAAAAAAGCCUAAAUUUAAUGUUACAUAUUUUAUGAACAGUCCUUUUCCAGAAAUUCUGGUCAUCUAUCAUCAUUUUAUCCUCUGCGCGAUGCAUUCAUUACAUCUUGAAAUUCAUGUGAAGUAUUUAAAUUUCCCUGGUAAUUCAUCAAUAAAAUCGGACAAAGAUUAAUUUUGGUUUAAAAAUGCACAAAGAUUGAGAUUCUAAUUUGUAAAAUGUCCAAAUGACUAUUACACUAAAAUUUUGAAUGCACAUUGACGAGGAGACUAAACAAA